UAAAAAAAAAAUUCACCCGUUGGAAUGGUGACCUAUUGCAUCGGCUCGUUGCAUAAUAAUUAAAAAAAAAUUGAAAUUCCAGUCGAGUAAAGCGAUUGAGAUCGUCGAGAGCCUCUCUUCCGCAGUGGGAUUUCAGAGUGUCUCUUCCGCGGCGGGGUUGAUUGGCGGCGACGACGAUGGCAAAACUGCAUCUGAAUUAGGGCGAUGGCGACAGUGAACCUGCAUCAAGGGGAAUUGCGACGGCGACGCUAUGAGAAGAAAGAGAUUGGGGGUUUCAAGUUUGAUCUUCUGCGGUGGGUCUCUUUGACGAUAUUGAAGUGGUUGAGCAUCGGCGACGGGAGCAGUGAGAUUGGGUUUCACGGCGGGUCUCUUCUGAUUGUGCUCUUUCGCGGUGGGUCUCUUCGUUAAUAGUGAAGGGGUUGAUUAGCGGGUCACCGGAGGGAAGAAUUUGAACAAGAUUCAGAGCUGCUUGAUUGAGGGCAAAGUCUGCUCCAAGUUCUCUUCGACGAUGGUGAAGGCGGUGAGCAUAGGGUGACGGCAAGCGAGUGCGACGAGCAGGGUUUUAUGGCGUCUCUAGUCGAUAGAGAAGGGGGUGGGCAGGUCGACGGUGAACCAGAUUCUGAAUUAGGGUUUUCGUAGUGUCUCCUCUCCCGCGAUUGUGCUUCGUCACCUCUUUGUGUGCCGCCGGCGCAAACACAGUGGUGGCUCUGAAUUAGGUUGACGACGACACUGUAACUAGGAACUGAGCAGGGGAUUCAUCGAGUCUUCAAUUGGUCGCAGCUUUGCUGUGUUUCUUCGUUCAAGCUUUCAGGUAAUAAAGAUGAUUCUCAGAUUCUGAAUGUUUCUCCAUUUCUCACUUCAACUUCGUUUUCCUUCGCCUGCUACAUUUCUCUCAUUGUCUUACUAAAAGAACCCUAAACUCGGCCCUCAUUUGUAGAGACAACUAUUCCUUCUUUUUUCAUCAUUUUAGCUCACUAUAAGUUUCAAUUAUGAUUGUUCUUGUACAAUGCUUCUGGGGUUCAUGGAUAGUGUAUUAAAGAUGAUGAAUUGGUGAUCAACAUUAGGGAAUUGAAGAUUUUCUGUGAGUGUUGGGGUUGUUUGUGUUUUGCGCAACUUGGCCAUCGGGUGGGAUUUGGAAUCUGGAACUGGAUAAUAUUAUUUCCCUUUAUCCAUAAACAAGUUCUAAAUACAAGUGGACUUGUCAUUUGAAAUACUAGUAAUUAGCUCUACUUCGACUAUUUCCCAGUUGAGUUCUGAUGAAAUGGAUAACUAUGCUUUGGGGAAAUUUUGGUUCUAUGGUCGUCAAACAAUUAUGAAUUUGAGUUGUGUGAGAAAAGUGAGCUCAUAUUGAUAGUUUGGUUGAUCGAUUUUGGUUUGUAGUUUGAAAUGUUGUUUCAGCAGUGGAGUCGUUUGAAGUAUUUGUUCAGUGAAAGUGCGAAAUGGGUUAAUGUGCUGGUGUAACUAGAUGUGUAAAAGAAAGGGAGUUCAUCUUAGCCAAUUUGAAUUACUCAUAGGUUCUCUUCUUAAAGUCGACUCUCCAUUUUAGUUCAAUGAACAUGCUCUGAAGAAUUUGUUGACAACAGUAGGCUUAUGAUAGAGAUGUUGAGUUGAUAUUUGGAUGUGAAUAAUGAUGGCCGUAAAGUCUCCAUUAGUACUUAGGUUUUUGGGUAUUAUGUUGGAAUCGAAACCAGACAGUGUAAAAAGAAGAUCGUGACUAGCAAGCCAAUUGUUAGUUUUGACUUUAACGAAAACUUGUCUUAGUGGUGGUGGAUCAAGAUGUUUAUUUUGUUUAAUGUGUGGCUAAUCGAAUCAUGAAUCACCAUCCUGUAUGUAUUGGGUUAAUUUGUUGAUUGUGGAAAGUUUGUGGUUUCUUUUAGAAUUGAUUAUAUAGUGUACACAAUCGCUUUGAGACUUAGCACAGUUGGUGGAAGGAUAAGUAAUGUCAAAUGGCUGCUUGAUUAGUAAUUAGCUCUACUUCUAUUAUCCAAUCGAUUCAUUGACAUCAUGCAACUCAAUUACUACUAAGCAACCAAGAAAGCAAGGGACUAAUACACAAUUUCAUGAGAUAAAGUUCAAGUAGAGAAGGUGUUGAUAUCCCCCUAGCUAGUUGUCAUGCAUAGACCAAACAAAAUUUAGACUCAAUGCUCUUUCAUUGAUCGUAGGAAUUCCCAAAUUAGGUUCUCCAAGAUGCUGAACAGAGUGCCCUGUCGAGCAUUUCCCUUGUCAGCUUAAUCCCUUGUUGUUUAUUUAACCAGGUAAAGUGUUGAGUCUCGGAUUCAAGGUCAAUUAGCGGAUAAUGAAAGAUGAACUAGGAAAAAAGCAAGCCUGAUUUACUUAAUGCCCCAUCCGUAGUACGUAAUGGUUAAUACAGUAGGAAUCCUUUCUUUCUUCUAGGAUGCUUUUGUACUACCACAAGGAACUGCAAUAUUAGCAUCACCUUAAUCGUAACCUGUCUAUGAUUUUGCUGUUUACGUGAGUUGACUUUCACUUUUUGUAUUAUGUGUAGGGACUUUGAUCUGGUAACUCUUUCAGGUACUACACAUUGGAUUCAGAAUUCAAUUUCUCUUGUGAUAGAGUUGCAAUCUCAGUCUUCAAUUCCAGGCAAGUUACUGAAAUCUUGCCCUUUUAACUUCAGCCGUGAAUUGUUAUUCAAGAUUGUUUGUCUGUGCCUCGUUGCUUUCCACUCGUGACACUUACCCUGAUGUUGAUUGUGCUUUUGAUCAACACAAUUUGGACCUACAUAUUUGGUAGUAGUUGUACUUUGCUGUAUGGAAGAGCUACUGUGUGAUUGAUGGUGUGAAUUUAUUUGGUACUUUUAUGUAAUGGAUAUGCUCAUGAUUUUUUAUUGUUGGUGUUAUGUUGCCCAAGUUAGUAGGGAUAUCAGAUGAUUUUUUCAAUGUCAAAGCUUGUUGAGAUUGAAUGAGAUCAGAUCUGAGAAAAGGAAGUAUUAUGUUUUGCUUAUCUCAUGAAAAGAUGUCAUGGCUGUGAAAUUUCCAGAAUUAGCCGUGAGAAUGUUUAGUGGAAUCUGGGUGUUUUUAGUUUCACGACUUAGUUUAACGGCCGUGAUUUAUGAAGCCAAAGCCGUGAGAUUGCCUGGGGAUAUGAAAACUGCUCUUUACUUCUCACGGGGCAUGUCACGGCUGUGAGAAUUUGAGAAUGAACCGUGAGAACUGUUUAAUGAAAGCUGGGUGUUUUGGGUGAAAUUUAUAUAUGCCAAUGGCGGAUUUCAUGGUUAAUUAGUGUACCCAGGUAUUGAGGUAUGGGUUUUCAAUUCUUCUGGUAGUUGGAACUUGAUACCGAGGCAAGUGUGCUUGUGAGCUCUGGUAUAGUCUUGCAUUUUUUCAAUAUUGAUAGAAGCCAUAUAUUGAAAACCAUGAUUGAACUCAUUACCUAGAGAAUGUGUUUACCAAAUGAUUAAAUGAUCCUUUUCUAGAAUGAAACUUUGUCAUAACCACGUUCUCUAUAAUGUGUUUAACUGUGAAAGUUGCUUCUUUAUAAUUUUGUUGUUUUUUUAAUUUUGCAGUUUAUUAAAAUUGUUCUAUAAUGAAGACGAAGAGGCAUGACCUUUUUAGCACGCGAUGUUCUCCGAGGAAAGUAUUCUCCCUAGUCUCAAAUUUAGAGGCUUGUCAAUCAGAGGCCAUUAAGAGAUGUGGCUUUGGUCGGAUUUUUGAAGUCAAAGGAAGAAUGUUACAACGUGAGUUGUUGGAGAAACUUUUAAAGAGCUUUAAUCUGGAAGAAAGCACAAUUAAGGCGUAUGGGCUGAAAGUGCAUAUUUCGGCCAAAGAUUUCCAGCGGAUUAUGGGUGUCCCCGAGGGAGGGACGGAUAUCGUCUUGGAUGGUUAAGAAGUGGUUGGAAGAUCCGAGGAAGUGAAAGAAUUUAGAGUGUAUUCGACUCGUGACUGUGAUCGACAGGCAAUUUCCACAAGCUUAAUGCGAAAGACAUUGUUGAAGAUAAAAGAGAGCAGCGAUCUAUUUGUUAAAACUUUUAUAUUGUACGUAAUGGGGGUGCUAUUAGUACCUACUAGAAGAGAUGACAUUUCGUUAUCUUCGGUAUACGUUGUCACCGAUGUUGCGGACAUUCCGAAGAAGAAUUGUGCAUCCUAUUGCUUCAAUGAAUUGGUGAAAUGCAUCUGCAACCAUAAUGCUUAUGGGGAAAAGUAUAUAACUGGUUGCUUGCUAUUUUUGGAGGUAAAUAAUUGAUUCUCCCUACUUUCUACAUAUUCGUAAUGAUUAAUCAUCAUGUUGAUUAUAGCUUUUUUUGUAGUUAAUAUUCUUGGAGCAUGCAAAUGGUAUUUUCCACACCAUUGAUGGAAGUUUGGAUUUGAUUAGUUGGGGGAGCGGAGACGUAGAGCUAUUGUUAACAAAAGUGGUAAGACUGAUAGUGCAAAUUGGUAUAUUUGAUUCUUUUGACGAAUUGGAGCAUGCUAAUGGUACAUUUGUUUCUCUUUUUAAUUAAUUUAUGUUUGAAAUCAUCUCCAAGGAAAUGGGAAAAAAGAGACGGGAAACGACACAAAACCAACAGGGAUGAGUUGCUUCUCUGUGAGCGUAUUGAUGCUCGGUUUAGUACCAUGGAAGCUAGAUUUGACAACUUCAGUCAAGAAUUUAAAGUCGCAAUGGGUGAUGCUGCUUCUAGAGAUGAGGAGCUAAUGGGUCGGGUUAUGAAAAUGAAGAAUGAAUUUCGGGCAUUUAGAGACGAAAUUGGUUCUGCAGUGAAGUCAAUUAUAGAGGCAGUGAAAGCAACUAUAGGUGACCCAUUGUCAAGGGAGAAGCCUAAUGAAUUGAAAAAGAACGAUCAGAAGGAUGCAGCUGAUAAUGUGAAAGCUUCUGCAGCUGUUUUGUUGUCAACAGAGCAGCUUAUCAGAGGGGAAAAGGGCAAUCAGAAGGGUGAGGUUGAAAAACCAAGUGAACCCAUUUCUCCUACCUCAGAAUGUGUCAAGACUCAAGGGUUAGGUGUUAAGAAUUGGGGAGAGGCUGAGGGGGAAAUUGGAGAUGACAGCUGUUCAGAAUCUCCUUCUGUCAAAGUUGUGAAAAAUUCUCCUUGCAAGCAGGCGAAAGCGUCUAAAGUUGAGAAAUUCAUACUGUUGAGUGAUGAAACUGUUGCUGCUAAUGAUGGUUGUGACAAGACUGUGAAGGUAUUACACUUGAUUAAGUUUUCUAAUUAUUUGUUCUUAUGGUGUGGUUACUAAUGAACUGGUUUUAUUUUUAUGUUUUUGAACAAUAAAGGGGCAAAAGGGAGGUGGACUACGUAGUGUAUCUAAAUUGAAGCCUAGUUUGUAUGUGGUCUCUCCAUUCGAACGGGCAAAUCCCAGAGCUAAGAAAGCACAACCUUUGUACCUUGCUCCUCCCUUUUUUGUUAAGACACCAUUGACUCUAGCGGCAAUAAAGAUGAUUCAAUUUGCUUUUAGUAGUAAGCUUCCCGGAAGGUACCUCCCGAAAUCAUUACAAGUAAGAUUGGAUCAUAUUUGUAGGAUGUUUUUGGUAUUUGCCUUAUUCUAAUGUUGUGGUAUUUGAACUUGGUCUUGUAUAACAGUGACAUAUUGGUUAGUCUUGAUGUCGGGGUUCUUCCCUUGCUCCGUUAAGAUUUGGUCCAGCUUUUGCCCCAAGACCAAACUUUCAACAAGGGUGAGUUCUUUUAUGUGUGUAAUUUAGUAGAUUGAACUUGUAUUGCUGACUUUGGUAUAUGUGAUGAUGAUGAUGCAUUAGAUUAUAGAAAUGGUGUGUCUGUGCAAGACACUAGAAGAACGAAGUUGUGGUUGCAGUGGUGGCUUGUGUUGGUUCUUUCCGCCUUCAGUUUCGGUACAGUUGUCUGCUUGGUCUAUUCUUGUCAUGAAAUUAAUCUAUUUGUGUGUUACAUUUAGCUUGUGUGGGUAACUUCGUUUUAUUUUUCUAGGAUCGUGCGUAUCAUUGCAACGAGGAGCAAUUUAUGGCUACCAUGGGUUCAUAUAAGAUACUUGAGCGAUACCAUAUAAAUGAGCUACUUUACUGCAGUAAGGUAUGUUGUAAUGUUGUUUUCUAAAAGGAAGUGGCUUAACCCUCCUAUGUUAAAUUGUUAAUUAUUGUUUGUUUGUGCAUUAUUUCAAAUUCAUGUCCCAAUUUUCAACCUCACUGUGAGCCACUUCUAUCUGGCGGUCUUUAACUUGGAUACCAAAGAAAUUGAAAUCUGGGACUCAUUACCAGGAACUCAUAACCAAGAAUAUGAUGCAAGGAUGCAGAAAACUGGUUUGUUGCUUGUCUUGUUCUUCAAGUUUUCAAACUUGACUUAUUGCUUAGUUGUUAGUUGUUUUUCAUUUGCCGACUUUGUCGUUAAAUAUCGAUGAGGGGGAUGUUUUCAUUUGCAGAAAUUGGGUCUAGACUGGUUGCUUAAGGAUGAUAUCUGCAGGGCAUUUUCAUUUGUGGACUUUGUGGUUAGAUAUCGCCAGGAUGUUGCUUGCCAACCAAAUGGGUACGCUUUGUUGUUGUUCAAUUGUGCAAUGUUCUAAUUAAGUUCGGUAAUUAUUUGUUCGCAUCAUGACCAUGGUAAUUAUUUUUUAUAUUACAGAUUUGAUUGUGGACUAUUUGUCGCCAAUUACUUGCUGGAUCGAUAUCGAUAUUCCAAGAAUCUUGACCAGCUCGACAGUGACUAUGAACGGGCACAACUUACAAUGUACUUGCUCACUACGCAUUUGAAUGAGGUGCAAGCUAUAGUUAAGGCACAAUCAGAUGAAUAUUUUGAGAGUCAUGCGAGACCUGCCCAAAUUGAGACUGAGAAGGUGAAUUUCAAGACGAACUUACUCAAUCGAGGAAGAAAGCCGUUGCACGCGCAUGGGUAGAAAAAGGGUAGAGAGUCUAAGAAGCAUUGAGAGUUGUGUUGUUAAUGUAGAGUUUAGUUAAUGUGGAUGUUGAAUGAAGUUUAGGAAAAUGUAGAUGCUGAAUGAAUUUUAGUGAAUGUAGAUGCUGAAUGAAGUUUAGGAAACUGUUGAAAUUACAAUGAAGUUAUGAAUGAAGCAUUAUUCAGUGAUUUUCUCUUUUUUCUAUAUUAUGUUUAAUGUGUCGACAAGGAAGAAGUUAUGAAUGAUCAUAUACCGAAAAAUGGAUGAAAAAUGACCUUAUUCACCCUGCCAGCAGGCUAUUUCACGGCCUCAAUAAUCCAUUAUCACGGCCGUGAGAUUGGGCCGUGAGAUGGUGAUUUCUCUGGCGCCUUAAGGAUGGACCUUUCACGCCCGUGAGACUGGGCCGCGAGAUGGGUUUUUCCUAACGCCUUAAUGAUGGAAUUUCAAGCCCGUGAGACUUGGCCGUGAGAAUGAAGAAAAACAUUCCAUUUAGUUCAGGGAACCUCACGGUCUUGAAAGGUGUAUCUCACACCCAUGAGAUUGUGGGCGUGAGUUACUGAAUAAAAAAGGUCAUUUAGAAGGAUCGAACCCACGCACUUGGAAUAAUCAUUCAGCGCAUUAACCAGUCAAACUACCUAACAUGUUUUGUAAAAUUCAUUGCCUGUUUUCCUUUUACUACAUAUGGUUGAAUGAGCGUUUGAUUAUCGGUUUUGGGUUCAACCCAUGUAAUUGUAAAUCGAUGUGAGAUUGAGGUUAGGUAUAUGGUUGAUUGAGUGUUUGAUUACGGUUUUUGGGUUGAGCCCAUGUAAUUGUAAACCGAUGUGAUAUUGGUUGAUGAUAUAUGGUUUAGUGAGUUACGGUUUUUGGGUUGAACCCAUGUAAUUGUAAACCGAUGUGAAAUUGAGGUUAGAUAUAUGGUUGAUUGAGUGUUUGAUUACGGUUUUUGGGUUGAACCCAUGUAAUUGUGAACCGAUAUGAGAUUGGUUGAUGAUAUAUGGUUGAUUGAGUGUUUGAUUACGGUUUUUGGGUUGAACCCAUGAAAUUGUGAACCGAUGUGAGAUUGGUUGAUGAUAUAUGGUUGAUUGAGUGUUUGAUUACGGUUUUUGGGUUGAAUCCAUGUAAUUGUGAACCGAUGUGAGAUUUGUUGAUGAUAUAUAGUUUAGUGAGUGUUUGAUUACAGUUUUUGGGUUGAACCCAUGUAGUUGUGAACCGAUGUGAGAUUGGUUGAUGAUAUAUGGUUGAUUGAGUGUUUGAUUACGGUUUUUGGGUUGAACCCAUGUAAUUGUGAACCGAUGUGAGAUUGGUUGAUGAUAUAUGGCUUAAUGAGUGUUUAAUUACGGUUUUUUUGGGUUGAACCCAUGUAAUUGUGAACCGAUGUGAGAUUGGUUGAUGAUAUAUGGUUUAGUGAGUGUUUGACUACGGUUUUUGGGUUGAACCCAUGUAAUUGUGAACCGAUGUGAGAUUGGUUGAUGAUAUAUGGUUGAUUGAGUGUUUGAUUACGGUUUUUGGGUUGAACCCAUGUAAUUGUGAACCGAUGUGAGAUUGGUUGAUGAUAUAUGGUUGAUUGAGUGUUUGAUUAUGGUUUUUGGGUUGAACCCAUCUAAUUGUGUACCGGUGUGAGAUUGGUUGAUGAUAUAUGGUUUAGUGAGUGUUUGAUUACUGUUUUGGUGUUGAACCCGUGUAAUUGUGAACCGAUGUGAGAUUGGUUGAUGAUAUAUGGUUUAGUGAGUGUUUGAUUAUGGUUUUUGGGUUGAAUCCAUGUAAUUGUGAACCAACGUGGGAUUGGGUUUAUGGUAUAUGGUUGAUUGACGUUUGAUUAUGGUUUUGGGUUGAACCCAUGUACUUGUGAACCUACGUCGGAUUGGGUUUACGAUAUAUGGUUGAUUGACGUUUCAUUAUGGUUUUGGGUUGAACCCAUGUACUUUAUAUGGUUGACUAAGCGUAUGACUAUGGUUUUGGCUUUAACUCAUCUAAUUAUAAACCGAUGGGAGAUUGAUAUACGAUAUAUGGUUUAGUGAGUGUUUGAUUAUGGUUUUGGGUUGAACCCAUGUACUUGUGGACCGACGUGAGAUUGGUUGAGAGUAUAUGGUUUUAUGAGUGUUUGAUUAUGGUUUUGGAUUGAACCCAUGUACUUGUGAACCGACGUGAGAUUGGGUUUACGGUAUAUGGUUGAUUUUUGUUUGAUUAUGGUUUUGGGUUUAACCCAUUUAAUAAUAAACCGAUGAUUUUUUGGAUCAGUCAUAAUGAAGAAAUUCCUUGAUCUUAAACCCUCAUCGUCGCAAGUAGUAACAGUGAUGCCGUUUCUUCCUUCUUGUCAUUCGUCGGCGCUAGAGGACUGAUCCUCAGUUCCUCCCUGUCGGCUUCUUCCUUUUUGCUUCCCUCCCUCCAUCCCAGCCUCAAUUCUUAAUUGUCGUCCUUCAUCGGCUCCUUCUCCACCAAUAUUACGAAACCAGAUUCUUCCUAUCUCCCUUCCUUCGUCUUCCCUUCUCUACGCAACCAUCGAUUUUCCAUUCUCCCUUAUUCGCCCAUCCUUCGCCACCCAUCCUUCGCGACGGAGACAGAUCGUUUCUAGCCGAGACAGCGACGAGGCAGAGAGAGCAAGUAGGUUUUAAUAGGUAAGGGCAUGCAUGAUUUUUCGUGGGGGUUUGAGUUGUUAAGGGUUCUGAUUUGGGUUUUCUGUUUUAAUAUCUGGGUUUAAUGGUUCGGUUCAGGGGAAGAGACGGAAUUAGUGUCAAUAGGAGGGUAAGGAAAGGCUAUCGCCGACAGCUCUGAGCUUCGGCGGCGGCAACGCCAAUGACCAAGGGGAACUUUCCUUGUGGGUUUUCGGAAUUUGAAGUUUAGUACUAGUUGUGUGUUGAGAUUACGUCUAUUGUGUUUGCGAAUUUUGAGAAAUCGUGUAUGUAUAGUUGCGUUUUGAGACUGAAAUUAUGAUGGUUUUGGGGCUGGAAAUUGUGUUUCAGUUUAGCUGUGGUUAUUGUGCAUAGUUUGGUAUGUGGAAGUUUGUGGUAUGUUAUGGUGGGUUCGAAGAUUGGGGAUUGUGGUGGCUUCAAAGCUGUAAAUUGUUGGCAGUAAUAGUGUUCAUGUAUGUUUUUUCAAUUUGAUUGAAAAGAGGAUCGGUUCUGGUUGUCUUCUUUGUUCAAUUUGGUGGGUGUUGUGAAUUGUGAUCUUGCUUGGCUUCAUUUCAUUUGUGAAUGGUUGGUUUUUCGCGGAAGUGAAGGGGAAACUAUCGAGCUGGAGAUAUGAAGUGUCUUAGCUUUCACAUUGUGGAAGAACGUGAAUCACUGUCAUUCGAAUUUUGAAGCGUGUGUUUUCUGGUUAGUAUUCAUGCUCCUGCAUAUAGCCAGGGAGGCAGAAUCAUAAGUAAUGAGGGGGUGAAAGGGCUGCCUUUUGAGGUUAACAUGGGGCUUGGAGGAUUCUUAAAGAUGCACAGAAACUAUGUGGUUUAUAUGCAUAUGCCUCUAAUAUGUUUUUCGUUGCUUGUUAAUUGAUUAGUGAAGUGUUAGAUUCGAUCGGUUGUGGGUGGUGAAUAUGUGGAUUUCAAUUGUCUUUAAACUUCAUUUUGUUGUUUGUUUUCAGUUGAUCAACUAUGGAAGGGUUGAUGGAUGAUAUGAGAACAGGCAAGGACACGGGAAUUGACUUGAAUGUUGGUUUAGAUUGGGGAAUGGAUUAUGGGGAUGAUACUGGUGGUGUUAGAGAUAGUGACGAUAUGGAGGACAAUGUCGACACCAACGAUAGUGAUUCUGAGGAUGAUAAUAACACUAACAUUGGUGAUGAUGAUAAGGAGAACAUCUCAGAUGAGCAUUUGCACAGGUUCGAAACACAACCACACAGCUCAGAUGCACCUCCACACAAAGAUGCUGCAAAUCCAGCCAUGGCUCUACCGUACUCGAGUAUGUAUGACUGGACCCUGCUUUAUAAAGUCGAGAAUGGGAAGCCAUAUUCUAAAUGGGAGUCGGAUGAUGUUGUGGGUUUUGAGUUUGAAACCCUUGUGGAGGGUGGCAAGUUCUAUUCAACUUAUGGUUGUGCCAUGGGAUUCAGCAUACGAAAGAACACUCACACAUAUUCAAAAUAUGGAGUUAGAAAUAUGCAGCGAUGGGUUUGCUCACGAGAGGGGGAGCGUCAGCCAGUGCACAAUGACAAGGAGAACAGAAAGCGUGAACCUAGGCCUGUAACAAGGCUCCAUUGUCCGACUGCUUUCAAAGUCAGUUUGUUGAGGCAAUUAACCGAUUCAAGGUGAAGCAGUUUGUACCAACACAUUUUCAUCACUUAGCUGGAGCAUAUGAAGUGCAGUUUUUGAGUUCUCAUCGGAAGGUAGAUGACGCAAGUAAGGCUCAGAUUCGAUUACUUAGGGCUGCUGGUGUUCGCACCAAUCAAAUCAUGGAUUAUCU